GGGGACCCCGCGGAGAUGCCGGUGCGGAGCGCCUGCGCUGCCCCCCCGCCGGCGGCACCCGGCGCCUCGUCUUCCUCUUCCACCGCCGGCUCCGGCUCCUGGUCGCGCCUGGAACCCCCUCCGCCCAUCAACACGGCGCAGCCCGGCGUCAGCACCAGCCGCCUCUACAGCGGAGCCAAGUUCCGAGGGCAGCAGCGCUCCAAGGGCAACGCCUACGAGGUGGAGGUCGUCGUCCAGCAUGUGGACAUGGAGAACUCCUACCUCUGCGGAUACUUGAAGAUUAAAGGCCUUACGGAGGAAUAUCCAACCCUUACAACUUUCUUUGAAGGGGAAAUAAUCAGUAAAAAGCACCCAUUUUUAACACGGAAGUGGGAUGCGGAUGAAGAUGUAGAUCGUAAACAUUGGGGGAAAUUCCCAGCCUUUUACCAAUACGCAAAAAUAUUUAACUCUGAUGACUUUGAUUAUGAGGAUCUGAAGAACGAUGACUUUGUCUUCAUGAGGUGGAAGGAACAGUUUCUGGUCCCUGACCACACCAUCAAAGACAUCAGUGGUGCUUCCUUUGCCGGGUUUUAUUACAUAUGCUUCCAGAAAUCUGCAGCAUCUAUAGAGGGCUAUUACUAUCACAGGAGUUCAGAAUGGUAUCAGUCCCUGAAUUUGACUCACGUCCCAGAGUACAGUGCUCCCAUUUACGAAUUCCGGUGACAGCAGUACCAAGAGUGGCACCAGGAGAUGGCCCAUGAGGCCAGGGAGAGAGAGAGCGAGAGAGAGAGAGAGAAAGAGAGCAUGCUCUGAUAAGACAACUGUGAUGUCCCUGUCAGGACAGGAGACUCCAGGCUCUCCUACUGCCAGGCAACUGGACUGGCGUCAGAGCCAUGAAUGUGAACUUGUGGAGCUGCCGCAGCCUGACCCUCCCUCCAGCUGUGUGGCAAAUUGGAUACUCUGAUCUGGUUUUAAAGCUACCAUGUUGAUGCACUUUUCUUUUCUUGGUAUUGCACAGCUAAUCUCUUUUUUUCCCUUCACCUACAGUCCUCUCCUCCUGUUCCCUUUCGGGGAGGAAAUGGCUGUGCCCAGCUGGAUUUCCUUUGAGUAGAAGGAAGCAUAAGUUGUCGCCUGCUUAUGUCCAUUCAAGCUUUGCUCUAGCUAUGGGUUUGUGUUUAACGGCCAUCCAAGGGUGUCUUUCCUCUCUUGAGGCUUUUGGGUGCCCUGUACACAUCUGUGGCAUCCUCUUAAGGAAGCAUUGGGCCCAAGGAGGGGGAGGGCCUUCCAACCCGCCUGUUUCUGUUGGCUAGCGAGGCUGCAUCUCUCAGGAAUGUUAGCCAAUCCCAGAAGUGUGAGCCCUCAUUUUGAUUGCACCGAAGGGGAACUCACAUAGGACAGUCUGUAGUGGCAGAGUUUGUGAUCUUGAAGGAAGAAAGAAAACCUAUUUGGGACUGCAUUUGAAAAGAACGCAAGCUAUUUUAUAGCCUGUAUUUUCCUGUCAGUACCCUAAAGACUACAUGGCAUAUGCGCAAAUUGUUCUUCGUUACGUUUUACCAUGAAAGUCAGUGUUGGUUGAUGGUGGUGAUCUCCCUGUGUAACAGUCUAUCAGUGUUGUCACCCGCUCAUCCCAGACCUAAGCGCUUACUGGUGGUGUGAGAACUGAGCUGACACAACACAUACCAACUCAUGCUUUGGAAAACAUUUGGCGUUCGCUAUUAUUUUAUCGGAGAAAUAUACUUUCCGUUAAAUAAUAAAAACUGCUCUCCUAGGACUUUCAAAUGUUCAAUAACAUAUGGCUUGUGUGCCAAAUUUUGUGUGGUGCGUGUGUAUGCAUGACAGUCUAAAAGUUGCUGUUUUCUUCCCAGAUGCCACUAUCCACAGAGGGAUGGGCUCUUUUUUAGGAAGAUGAUGAGGUGUAUCUUUGCUAAGUGCAAGGGAUGGCAGUAACUGUCCUGCUGUUAGAUUUUGCAUGAUGAGAAUGAGAUGUCCCUGAAGAAACAUGACUGGCCCUUUGCAAAUUUUGCUCUUUAGCCCUGGAAGUACUUGGGAUGUAUAGGGUAGCUUAAAACAGCUCUGGCAAGGACAGUUGGCUAGAUUGGGACUGGCAUUCUUCUAGGAGAGUGGCCAAAGGUGAGGUUGUAUUACAGCUACCCUAUUGGCAUUGUACCCGCCUUCACAGUGGCCUUGUGGUGCAGUAAACUGGACUGCCAAAACGUUUCUUGCCGCUCUACAUCCUAGGGCCAUAUGUGUGCUGUGGUAUUGUGGGAACACAGAAGUUAUGUUCAGACUGUGGUGUUCGGUGUGGAAUUCAGCUCCUGCUGGUUGGAGUAUGUGUUUCUAGUCCUCAAGAUAAGCUUGAAAGUAUGCACAUAGAGAGGUGGCUGAAUAGGGCUUCAGUGGUUCUGGAGGAGGGAGGGGGAUAGGACUCCAUCACCCCCCACUUACCUCCUUGCUCUUCCCUUUGGCCAAUAAAGCUGGGAUACAUUUUGCAAAACAAGAUAAGCUGGGUCCCCCAAUGGCUCAGCUGGCAUUCCUUGUUGAGACAGACGAACUGUCCUCCUUGCUGCAAAAUGUGGGCUGCCGGUGCAGGGGCUUGGCAGGAGGCAAAGAGCUGGAGGGAGAGGUGGCUGUGUAAACAGAGGUUUGGAAACUAAUUCCAGAAGGAAGCAUUCCAAGGUGCAAAAGAGACAGGACCUGCAACAUUUUGCUCAGUCCUGGUUGUUACAUUGAGGUUAAACGAGUGGGGCUUUUUUCCCCUUAGAAAAAUCCAGAGACCAAUUGACAAAAUGGCCUUAGGUUUGCUUUGUUGAUACAAACGCUGUGGCAGACUGGCUUGGUCCUCCUCCUACUCAGAUGGGAUCAGUAGCAUGGCAUGGGAGAGGAGUUGAUGCUUCGGUUCAGGCAUGGAAAUGAGGACUGUAUGGCUGGAUUUGUGUUCCUUUUUGCUGCUUUUAGGUGUUGAUCCCUAAAAUGACUGCUCACGCACAAUACUGGGGGUUCUCAUCCCUUAUUAUUUCCCCACACUGAACCUUUCUUGCUGCUGAUGGCUCUCUCAUGCUACUUGUGAGCAGGUAGGCCCUAUGCUGAGAGACAGAACAAACUGUGCCUUUACUUGCUUUAGCUUAAAGGGACAUGACUUGUUAGCAAAAGCGGCCCUUUUCUCAGCCUGAGUUUAAAAAGGCUGCUCAUCCCAGGAGGAAACAGGUCCAUCUAAACUAGCCCUGCUUCUUAAGUAGUAAGAGCAGAGAAAGCCAACAUAAGUUGAGUUUUCUCAUAUAGCAAAUUCAAGGAACUGUGGAGUAGGGAGCCAAGCACCUUAGUGGUUUGAACCCCUCUCUAAAUAUGUUUUGCUUAAAGUUCAGUGGUAAGUUCUGCCAACGUUAUUGGAAUAUACAAGGCCAGCCGCAGUCACCGUGGUGACACAUCCGCCAGGACAGGCUUGGAUUCAACCAGUGAGAUUUCCAGUUCCACUUUCUCAGGUGGUCUUCAGGCUUGGUCUUUUCUUGUGAUGCAGGUCAAAGGAUGCUUAAGGCUGAAGGGAAGCCCAAAGGGAGUUUGACAUUGCUGUGCAGAGGAGAGGAGAUUGCAAAACCAGUAAUCCAGGAGGUGGCACCAAAGAUACGAUCUUUGGAGAGUGGUGCUUAUUCUCAACGGGGAAAUGGUUUUGUACUAGACCUCCUUUGGGGCUUGUGCAUAAAAGACAAAGAGGAGCAAAGGGGGGUGUUGGUUUUGUGGGUUUUUUUUAAACAUGACUUUUUAAGUCAGAAUUCUUUUACCUUCAAGUCUUGAACUCCAGUCCUCUCUCCAAGCUUCAAUAAAUGAUCAGACAUUGCAAAUAAAGCUCAAAGGGACCCGGCUACACUGGGCUUCACAAGGUGGGGCUUGUCACAGGCGGAGCGGCUUCUGCGGUGGGAUCUUCCGAAUCCUAUUUAAAAGGUUUUAUAAAGCUAACUUGUAAAUCAGAAUAUAAAAGAGUAUUUAUAGAUGAAUUGCAGAAAAGGGGGCUGUGGGUUUUCCAGAGUUAUCAGUGUCCAGAUUAAAAGAACAUGUAUUUAA